AUGAGUGUUGCCGAAUAUGAGGUCCAAUUCACGAAAUUGUUCCGUUUUGCUCCUGAAUUGGUAGCCACGGAGCAAGGGCGUGUAAAGAGGUUUGUGCAGGGACUAAAUGUGAAAAUUCAGGAAGGUUUAGCUGCCGUUCGAUUGGACACAUUUGCCGAUGCUGUCGAGAGAGCCCAAAGGGUUGAAGUAGCCAGAGCCCAAGUAAAAUCUUUUCAGGCUAAGAAAAGAUUUUCCCCUAGUAGCAGUUGGGAGCCGACUUAUGGAAGUGCUCCACCGGCCAAAGUGGGUCGAGGAACGGGUGGAGUGAAUAGUCCUGGAGCACCACGAAGCGCUCUAGCAAGAGGAACUGGGGCAAGAAGUGUAGGGGAGAGAGAUAAUGGAGCUAGAGGGGGACCAACUAGAAGGGGUCAACCUAGGAACGCCUCGCAAGGAGGUCGUGCGAUAAUUUUCCAGGUGACUUGCGCGUAUUGCAAGAGAAUUGGCCAUACUGAGGACGGUUGCUGGAAGAAACAAGGAAAGUGCUUGAAGUGCGGAAGCAGUGAGCACCAAAUUUUCGGUUGCCCAAAAAUGCAAGAUGGUGGUACCCUGAAUGCUAGACCAGCCAAUUCUGGAGGAAAUAGGCCGAAAGUUCCUGCUAGGGUGUACGCUAUAGAGGACCAACCUGUACCUGAUUCCUCGGAAGUUGUUGAAGGUACUCUUCCAAUUUUUCAUCGAUUAGCUAGAGUACUAAUUGAUCCUGGUGCAACUCAUUCAUUUGUGAAUUCAACUUUUAUGUCCGGAAUUGAUGUGAAACCUAUUAGAUUACCCUUCGAUCUUGAAGUUAGGACACCUAUGGGUAAUAAGAAUAUAAUCACUAGCUUAGCCUAUAAGAAUUGCGAAUUCUUGAUUGGAGAACGUAAAAUGCUAGUGGAUCUAAUCAGCUUGGACAUAAAGGGGUAUGAUGUUAUUAUAGGAAUGGAUUUUCUAGCCCAUCAUCAUGCUAAGCUUGAUUGCAGAGCAAAAGUGUUAGAACUUUGGAUUCCCGGGGAAGCAACUCUGAAAUUAGAUGUGAAAGGUAGGUUAGCAUCGUCUGCUAUGAUCUCGGGAUUUCGGGCGAGGAAGAUGUUGCAUAAAGGAGCGCGAGGUUUCCUAGCCUUCUUGAUUAACGCUCCUAGUGACCAAGUGAAGUUAGAAGAUGUACCAGUGGUACGGGAAUUUCUGGACGUUUUCCCUAAAGAACUAAAGACAUUACCACCGGAGAGAGAAGUGGAGUUCAAGAUUGACUUGGUGCCGGGAACGGCUCCGAUUUCUAAGACUCCGUACCGAAUGGCUCCUGCAGAGCUAAAAGAGUUGAAAAUUCAACUGCAGGACCUACUGGAGAAAGGUUUCAUUAGAGAAAGUGACUCACCAUGGGGAGCACCCGUUCUAUUUGUCAAGAAAAAGGACGGAAGCUUGAGAUUAUGUAUCGAUUACCGAGGGUUAAACGAGGCUACAAUUAAGAACAAAUACCCUCUACCUUUGAUCGAUAGUUUAUUUGAUCAGCUGCAAGGAUCUAGAGUCUUUAAGAAGUAUCUGGAUCAGUUCGUAGUGGUUUUCAUUGAUGAUAUUUUGAUAUACUCUAAGACUCGAGAGGAACAUGUUAAGCACUUGGAGAUAGUUUUGCAGAUAUUAAGAGAGUAUAAGCUAUAUGCCAAAUUCAGUAAGUGCGAGUUUUGGCUGGAAGAGCUAUCUUUUCUAGGGCAUAAAGUUUCUAAAGAGGGAAUUGCCGUGGAUCCGGCAAAAGUUGAGGCCAUAAUGAUGUGGAAACAGCCAGAAACUCCAACAGAAGUUAGAAGUUUCUUGGGUUUAGUAGGUUACUAUAGGAAGUUUAUCAAGGAUUUUUCGAAGAUUGCUGGACCUAUGACCGAACUAACCAAGAAAGGUAACAAGUUUAUCUGGGCUCCAAAGUGCGAGUCCAGCUUUCAGGAGUUAAAGAAGCGAUUAACAUCCGCUCCUGUUUUGGUAUUACCUGAUGGAGGAGAAGGUUAUGUCGUAUACUCUGAUGCUUCUAGAGAAGGUCUAGGAUGUGUUUUGAUGCAAAAAGGAAAGGCCAAUGUGGUAGCCGACGCUCUAAGUAGAAAAGCCCAAGUAGCGGGGUUAAUGGUUAAAGAAUGGGACAUGCUAGAAGAG